AUGCAGCCCGAUCCGAAGGAGGUGUACACGGACGUCAAUGGGGCUUACCCCCGGGUAAGUCGGUGUGCCUCGACGGGGGACUCGCGUCGGCUCCACGGCCGAGGCUGGCGCUGGGGAGAGGGCAGCAGCAGCAGCAGCAGCAGCCCGCCGCCGGGCGGGGAGGUGACGGGCUCCCUGAGCGCAGCCUUCAGCGGCCCCAAGAUCGCCUUCUACGUGGGCCUGAAGAGCCCCCACGAGGGCUACGAGGUGCUCAAGUUCGACGACGUGGUGACCAACCUGGGCAACCACUACAACCCCUCCAGCGGCAAGUUCACCUGCCAGGUGCGCGGCAUCUACUUCUUCACCUACCACAUCCUCAUGCGCGGCGGCGACGGCACCAGCAUGUGGGCCGACCUCUGCAGGAACGGGCAGGUGCGAGCGAGUGCCAUUGCUCAAGAUGCAGACCAGAAUUACGACUAUGCCAGCAACAGUGUGGUGCUGCACCUGGACUUGGGGGAUGAGGUCUAUGUCAAACUGGAUGGCGGCAAAGCCCACGGAGGCAACAACAAUAAGUACAGCACUUUCUCUGGCUUUCUUUUGUACCCCGAUUGA